UUUGAAUUUGUGCCAUGUGUAAUACAGACAAAUAGACAAGUGGAAAUAUUGGUUAAGUUUGAUAUUAUGAAAUAUUGCUAUUCAGUUUAUUUAUGACAAGUCAUGUAUUGAAAGAAAGACAAGCAAAACCAGAAAGCAAAAGGAAAACACACACUAACAACAUAGGUAUGCUUCUGUGAUCUCUUGAAGCUUGAACAAUGUAGAUUGCUCAGUGAUCUGGGAAUUUAUUUUGUUGAUGGGUGUCUUGGUUUUUUCUCCAUCUUGUUCUUGUGGUGUGUGUGAAUCUGAAUCUUGUGGUGUGUUGGAGUGAUGGAACUGGGGUUAAAGUUUGGAUUUUGAAGAUGUUAUUCUUAAACCCAUGUCUAUUUUUUUCUUUUUCAGAUGGUUAUGAUUGUGCUUUUAGAGGGUAGAGAAACAAGAAAAUGGGGUUGUUCAUGGUGCAUUGUUUGAUGGGCUAGUUUGAUUGAGAAAAUGAGUGGAAUGGCUGUGAAAUGCAGUUGUUAAAAAUCUAUUGAAAUGAGUACUGGAAUAGGGUUCCUAAACCAUUGACCUAGAAGAAUCAAAAGAAGAACUUUGCUAUUAGAAAUCAUAUGGCAGUGCAUUGAUAAAUCAUAGCACAUAUUUAUGCAUUCCAAUGAAAAAGCUUUCCACUUUAAACUUAUUAACAAUGCUCUCCAUUGCCCUUAACAUUUGUAUUUUGAAUAUCUAUAUUAUGGACUGUUUUCAUGGUUUAGUAUGUGUUCAUUUUCUAACACUAACUGCAAAAUUAAUCGUGUCAUCAUCGUUUAAAACCAUCUUGGUCUAUUCAUUCAUUUUACUAUCUUUUAGGUUUCAAAUUUUCUUUGCAUUGAUGAUUUCGGCUGUGCUUACCUCUUAUUCAUCUGUUUAAAUUGUUGAGGGAAAGCUAGUAUCAAACUCUUGAACUUUUUCAUUAAUUGGAUGUGUUUUGAUUAGCUUUGUUUUCUAACCAAAAAAUUAAGGACCUAAAGCAAGGAUUGAUGAUGCUAACCUUAUUUCUGGGGUUUGGUUCUCAAUGAUUCUUCCAUUUUCCAGAUUAUGUAUUUUGUUUGGUUCAGUACUUGUAGAAGGAAGUAGACAUUUGAUUUCUCUAUAUAUAAGUGGCAGGAGUAGAGCAGGACGUCAAAAACUGAAUAGAUGUCUCCAGUGAAAUCGAAAUCAAAAUCUAAGGCUGGUAAGGAUCAAAGGAACGCCACUCCAACUACAUAUGGUACCAGUAAUCAUGGAACUGGUCUAACUGGUACUUCUGCUACUGCAUAUAAUCCAUUUUCAAGUGCAUCAUUUCCUUCCCUGGAAACAGCAUUAUUUUCUACUUUCACUUCAACCAAUGGCAACAGUCAUUUUCAAAAGAUAGAUGACACAUAUGAGCAUCCAAGUAGUCUUCAAGGGACAGUGUCUGAGUGUGACUCGGUUUCUAACAAUGGCAGCUGUUCUGGUGAAUCAGAAGACCCUAAAGAGAAAGUGAGAAAGUCUUCCUUUGGGCAGGAGGGUGUUCCAGGAUCUGACAACGAAAGAAGGGAGAAGAUUCGGCUGAAGAACGAGAGGAAACACCAGCGCCAGAGGGAAAGGAGAGCUCAAGAACUGCAUAACAGAUGUUGUGGGUAUCUGAUGUCAAAGAAACUAGAAUCACUUGCACAGCUCCUGGUGGCAAUGGGGUUCUCUUCUGAUAGAGCAACGUUGGCCUUAAUGUUAAAUCAUGGAAAGAUAGAGGAAUCAGUAUCAUGGAUGUUUGAAGCAAGUGAAGCUCACACCAAGACUACUUCGAAUGUUGGAGUCAGAGCUAAUUUGAAAAUUGAUGUGAGUAAGGAGCUUGUGCAAGUAUCUGAUAUGGAGGCAAGGUACAAUUGUUCUAAGCAAGAAGUUGAAAGGGUAGUUAUUGCAUGUGAAGGGGACCUUCGUAAGGCAGAAAAUACUUUAAAGUCUCAGAAGCAAGAAUCUUCAGUGAGCCAACUAAAAACAGAACAGUCUGCUAAAUUCAGUGGCCUGAUGAGAUCACAGCGGUUGCCAUCUGUUUCAGUUUCAUCCCAGCAAAGACAAAAGGGUGAAGGUGAUUUCAAGUAUUCCAGAGUAGGUAGUUCAGCUUCUGUGUUCCCAGAUCCUCAAAGCAAGAAUCUUCUGUAUCAUCAAAUGUCUCUGCCAGUUAAAAGAUGUGUUGUUUCAGGAUCAAGCCCUUCUGCUACGUAUGCUACAGCACCCUCCACACAAGUAUCAUCCCCAUCUGUUAAAAUAGAGGUUCAGCUUAGUUCUUUUGGGAAUAAAGGGAGAAUGUUCCACAAAGGAAUGGAUAGGGAGCCAUUAGUCAUGAUGCAGCAGCAUCCAUUAUUUAGAAAUGGUAAGCAAGACCCUAUUUCUAGGGGAAAUGCCUCACCUUCAGGGACACGAGGUUUGUAUGCAAACAAUUAUCCAGCUGCUGAAAAUGUAAGGUCAAAUGGGAUGUUUCUGCAAAACCACAUCAGAGGAAGUGUGGCUAAUGUGAACAUGGACCAGUUUUACCAAGCUUAUUAUAAAGAGCAUCCCUAUGUGUUUGGACAUGUAGAUUCCUCAUCAUCUGGGGUGGGGUUUUUUUGUAAGCCAACGCAUACUUCAUCACCUUGGCCUUCAAUUCGGUGGAGCACAAAUGCACCUUCACCUUCUCUUACAGUUCCACCUUCCCUUGGACUGUUUUCUGGUCAGACUGGAGCAAGAGCAUUCAGCUCACAUUCACAUGUUGAUUGGAACACUGGUGCCAUGAUGCCAGAGUUCGACUACACCAGAGUUGACUGGACUUUGGAUUGCACUUCCCUGUCUUCUAAACAAGGUGGAUUGAGGCUAGGGAUCUCAUCAAACAUUUCAGGCAACAGAAUGAGAAAUUCAUGCAUGGCAGGGCUACAAAAUGUUUGCAUGAGUAGGAACACUUCAUCCUUCAGUGGUUUGAAAGAGUGGACAUCCCCUUUUGAAGGGAAUGACAUAUUCAGUCUUCCUAGGAGCUUUGUCACCUCUCCUCCUCUCAUGAGACUGUAGGACUCUUGAGUCUUCUAUAAUUGCUGCAAUGGCUAUCUUCAUGGAUUGUUCUUGUUUUCCAAUGAAAUGCAUCAAUUACUUGCUAGUGGCUUAUGUUCUUCUGUGCCUUGUUGCUGAAACUAAACUCUUGUGUUGUGCCCUCUAAAAAAAGACAGCUUCUUUCUAAUUAAAUCUAACUAUCUUGUUUCCAAUACAUUUUACAAACUAGACUCACAGCAUACAUGAAUUGUUUUUUCAACCAUUCUAGUUGUUCACCAAUGGGAGUUGAUCUAGCAGAAAAGAUUAGUCUUUUCUUUUUAAUUUUCUUAAAGAAAGGUACUUUAAAUAAAAUUGACUGUGCAAAAGUAUAUGGGAAA